AUUCGCGCCGUCGUGACCCCCGAGCAGUACGCGGCCUAUGAGCUACGCCUCCUCAAUCGUACCCUCUCACAAAUGCCUGACAUGGUCCCCUGUCCAAAUGCUGACUGCAAAAACGAGCAUGUCCUACUGAACGAGGACAGGGUUCAGGGCGUCUGUCCCACCUGCCGUUUCCAUUUCUGCGCGCGGUGCAAGGCCGCUUACCACGAAGGCAAACCCUGUCAAACAGGAGAUCUUACCAACCUAACCCCCGAAGAAGUGGCCGAAGUCGUUGCCCGCUACGAUGAGGCCGGUGUAGACGGACGAGCUCAAAUGGAACUGCAGUUCGGCAAGGAUAACCUAAAUCAGCUGAUCGCCGAGUACAAAGCCAACGAAGUCAUAAGAAAAGACUGCAAGCCCUAUCCUAAAUGCAAAAAUUGA